AUGAAACCUUUGGCUUCAACAGUGCACCACCCUUCCCUACGUUUGCCUCGGAAGAUUUGUGGCCUAUUUGACAGUGGUUUUGCUGGUGGUAUCCUAGAUGUCACCAGCAUGGACUCUGAUGCUUCAGCUGCUUUGUCAGGCAAUCCAUUUUCACCAGGAGGUCCUAAUUCUGCUGAUGCUGCAUUCUUUGAUUCAGUUGUCUAUGGUGAUGAUGUUGCGGAGGCACUAUUCAACAGCCUUCCACCACAUUUGAUAAGUUCACUGGGUGCUCCCGAAGAUUCACUGAAUGCUCCCAAAGAGCACUUUGUCACAGACCUCCCUGCCACUGACAGCUUGGAUGCAUUUUUAAACUUGGAUGUGAUGUUGGAUCAGGACUUGACUUUUGAUGGAACGACAGAUAUAAAUCUUCUUAAUGCUAAUCCAUUGUUUGAGAAGACAGUUUAUUCACUAUUAGGAUUAGAAUCAUUUUCCUCCAAGCAGCCUGCAUUUCCGGAUUUAUACGGUCAAGAAACCACAGCUGCAGAUAUCAGUGGAUGA